AUGGCGGUUUCCUUCUUUCUCACAUAUGUCACAGACGUUGGUCGCAAUAUGGAGUCGACACGAGGUUUCUUAGAACUCGUUCGUCCAGUCCUUGCAACUGAGUCCCAAGAUUCGGCAUUAUCCGGAGCUGUCAAAGCUACCUCUAUCAAGCUUUGGGCACUGUUACGACCAUCCGACGUUGCCGACUCAUUGCCGAUCAAGCUGUAUAACCAAGCACUAGAGAAACUACAGUGUGCUGUCAACAGCCCUGAAGAACAAGGAAAGGGUGCGACUGUCAUUGCAGCGCUCAUGAUGCAGCAGCACGAUACUUUGGCCGCCAUCUUUGGCCACAACAAGUCUAAUACGACGCACCGAAAGGGCGCUUUGGCCUUGUUGACACAAGAGAGCAUGAGAAGAUUUAGAUACCAUGGGCAUCUCCUAGGGAACCACUUUCACUGCAAGAUUUCCUUCUGUGUCAGGCACAAGGUACCUUUGACGCAGGGCGAGCUGAAGUGGCUUUACAGUGAAGUGAUUCCUGCUCUUCCAAACAACUGUAGCUACAUGCUUGAUGUCAUUGGGAUAUCUGUGUCCAGGCUGCAGAGUGUCAUGGCAGAUUCGGAGUCUUCUAGUGAAAGCAUAGCUCUGAAGGCACUGCAAGAGCUUCCGUCUAUUAUUUAUGACAUUGAGGCACAGCUUCAAGCAUGGCUGGACACAGUACCAGAUAUCUGGCAUCCUCAAAGACUCUCAACUGCCGACUCUGUUUCUCCAACUGUCACGACAUACGACGGCACGAUCAAUAUUUAUCCCAGCAUUCAGAUCGCUAAUAUAUGGAAUGUCUGGCGUAUGUACCGCCUGACUGUCGAGCUAGCCAAGGCCAAACUAUUCAGCAGCUUGAACGGCGAAAACACAGAUACGGGCAGAAAGGAAUCGCAGAAGAUACAGGACUUACUCGAAGACAUAUGCCGAAGCAUGCCAUUCUAUCUCGGCAAUUGUUCCCGACCCAUAAGUUUUGCAGAUAUCAACGACCAGCAACUAUUAUUUCCCUGCUACCACGACCUACCACCGACGGACGAAGAAUUCAUCGCGUAUAAAAAGAGCCAUCACUACGUUUCGAGGACCGACCACAAUCGCCAUAAUCUCAUCCAUGGCCCAAUUGCCGCCCUGAGCGUUUUAUCUCACCUCGUUGGUCUUUUUGAAAACCCAUGCUCGCAGUCACUGUCAUCUGAGGGUGGGCUUCAAAGACAAAAACAGUGGAUUUAUGAGCAGUUUCGCCGGUCACUUUACUUGAUGCGUUUCAUACCACGCAAUGGUCUGGAUGCAGGCGCGGCCUUUGAAAAUGAUGGCAACCAGAGGCCAAUGCAGGGAGGGUUAGUCAAUACCAUUCGACAAGCACUCUCCACAGUUAACUUGCUGUGA